AUGAGCUGUCUGGAUGUUAUGUACCAAGUCUAUGGUCCUCCGCAGCCUUACUUCGCAGCCGCCUACACCCCCUAUCACCAGAAACUAGCCUAUUACUCCAAAAUGCAGGAAGCCCAAGAGUGCAACGCCAGCCCCAGCAGCAGCGGCAGCGGCAGCUCCUCGUUUUCCAGUCACACCCCAGCCAGUAUAAAAGAGGAGGAAGGCAGCCCUGAGAAAGACCGCCCGCCAGAGGCGGAGUACAUCAACUCCCGCUGCGUCCUGUUCACCUACUUCCAGGGAGACAUCAGCUCCGUAGUGGAUGAGCACUUCAGCAGGGCCCUGAGCCAGCCGAGCAGCUACUCCCCCAGCUGUAGCAGCAGCAAAGCACCGAGGAGCUCCGGGCCCUGGCGGGACGGCUCCUUCCCGAUGAGCCAGCGCAGUUUCCCCGCUUCCUUCUGGAACAGCGCGUACCCGGCGCCGGUGGCCGCGCCAUUGAGCAGCCCGCUCGCCGCCGCGCACUCGGAGCUGCCCUUCGCCGCCGCGGACCCCUACUCGCCGGCUGCGCUGCACGGCCACCUGCACCAGGGCGCUGCCGAGCCGUGGCCCCACGCGCACCCGCACCAUGCGCACCCGCACCACCCGUACGCACUGGGCGGUGCCCUCGGUGCCCAGGCCGCCUCCUACCCGCGGCCCGCCGCAGUGCAUGAGGUGUACGCCCCGCACUUCGACCCGCGCUACGCGCCGCUGCUGAUGCCCGCCGCCACGGGGCGCCCCGGCCGCCUCGCGCCCGCUCCGCAGUCCGCGCCCCGCAGCCCACCCUGCGAGCUCUCGGCCAAGGGCGAGCCUGCUGGCGCCGCCUGGGCGGCGCCCGGGGGCCCCUUCACAAGUCCCGCGGGGGACGUGACACCGGGCCUGGGCCUCAGCGUGGACUCAGCUCGUCGUUAUUCCCUCUGUGGUGCGUCCCUCCUGAGCUGAUCCGCUGACCCAGGGUUUCCCCUUCCCCUGCCUUUCUGACCAGCCAUGGAGGCUUAGCAUCUGUGUCUCCCACUUCAUGGAUGAGGACAUGGGGAAAGGCGGAGACGUCACACUUCUUGGUGUAUUGGGAAAACCAAAAAAACACAUCCACAGAUCUGUCGCCUUAUGUCCAAAGAACAGAUCCAAAAACUCUGAAUUAUGUUUAACGACUUUUGGCCAACUCACUGGAAAUAUCUGUGGUGAGAUCCCUUAGUCAGGUGAUGUGUUAUCAUAAGCUUUCUUGGAAAGGGGGACAGAUAAAGACUUUUCGGUGUGAAUAUUUUUUAUGCUGAUGUGAAUUAUUUCAUUAAGUGGUGCGAUAAUAGCACUACUGAUGUCAGUAUCUUCAGACCUUAAAACAGGUAUUUGUAUUUGCUUCUAAGACUGUGGUCGAGAAGUAAAAAGAAGCCAAGUCCUUCUUCCUCACUGUGUAGCCUCCAGCUCUCCUGCCCACUUCCUCUCAACAACACACUCCAGACACAAAGACCCACUUUUUCCUGUGGCCUAUGAAUGGAAGCCUCAGCCUGAAUGUGAGUGGCAAGUGGCUUAUCUGAAACCACCUGCCCAAGUCUUACUGAAAUGCAGCUGUUGUAGGACAACUGUUUAAAACUCCAGAAAU